GAAUUUUCCCCCACCCAACUUGAAUAGCCUUAUCAACUCUCAAAGCAACCUAACCUAAUCCAACCUAACCUUCCAAUUUCCAUAACAGGAAUUAGUUUUUGUGUUCAAUUUUGGUUUCUAAAAAAAUAGAAUUAAUAAACAAAGAAAUUCGGAUGACAACAAAAUUUACCCCAAUUUUGAAAAUAUUCGCACCCGUUUCUCACUCUAACACCUGAAUGAUAAUGUGGAAAUUCGUGACACGGGGAAUUCGUGAAACAUUAGAACGUCGCGCAAAUCGUCGAACAAAUAUUUAUUCACAAAAUUCACAAGAAAGUUCCGUCAAGUGUGAAAUUAAUACAAAUUUAGUUUCUAAUCAAAAAGUAUUAACACCAACAUUUUCCACAUUUAAUAAUGGAUUUUGUGAUUCAACCAAAUCAACUGGAGCAAAGGGUAAAAAAGAAGAUUCCAAAUGGGAUGCAAAGCACAAUUGGACCGAAGCUGUCGGUUGGACUGGAGUCCUGGCGGUAGGUUGGGUCGUCUGUCAAUCUUUGUGUUUGCGAAGGAGAUUCUUUGAAAAGGAUCAAAGUCACGAGAUAACGGCAAAUUGUCAGAAGAGAGUUUUGCAUUUACCGGAAGUGCAUCUCAAGCGCUUGCUGGCUCAAGUGUUAUGUUUGAAACCACAAUUUAUUUUUCCCGUCGUUCACGCUGUUUCGGAUGAUGUCAAAAAAGUUGACGUCGCCACAGAAACAGAAUGGACCCCAUCGAAACCUCAUGGACCGCUCACUGCUGAAGAGGCUUUAAAAGAAGCGGAAGGUAAAUUUGCUCACGCUCACAAACUCGCUUUGGGAGAAUAUGAAUUACGUUUAGGAAUAACAGCCCUAAAUGAUAAGCGUUACGAAGAUGCCUUGAAUAAUUUUUCAACUGGAGCGAAAUUAUUUUCGCCAGCGAGCACCUUUAAUUUGGCUUUGUGUCACGAAUUAGGAUUCGGCACAAAAGUCGACGACAUUAAGGCAGCGAGAUAUUACAAUAAAGCUGCAGAAAUGGGACACGCGGGAGCAAUGUAUAAUCUCGCAAUUUUCCACGCACAGGGAAGAGGUAAUUUUUCCGUUGACAUUGAUAAAGCGCGAACAUUAUUUAAGCGUGCGGCUGAUUUAGGUCAGGAGAAAGCCAAAGAAGCACUCAAGAUUGAUGAACAAUAUAAUAUUGAAUUAACAGCGAGAAAAAAUGAGUCAAUACUCAUUAAACAGAAAUCUUCUAUGAAGAAUAUCCUUAAGAAUACUAUUAUUAGUCACAUGGCGAAAUACGAAGACGUAUUUAUUUCAAAAAAUAAAAAAACCGAUUCCUAUUUUACCAAUGAAGAGACAAUAAGUGAAAAUUCGACAGAGGCAUUUUUAAAUAUCCUCGGAAUUAAUGAAACACCAUUGCAACCAAUUGUCAAUUCUUGUUAAUUUUGUUUUCUUUUCUUUUUUAAAUUAUAUGCAUAUGUCGUAGGCGAAUAGAAAAAUCCGUCGUUUAGCUUAAUUCCUAGGCUUUAAGCUAAACGCGGGCAAAUAGGAAAAUGUUCAAGCAAAUGACAAUUAUUCUUUUAAUCGUCUGAAUUCUUUAGGCAUUUAGCUUGAUGCCUAGGCGUUAAGCUAAACGCCCAAAGAGCGUUUGAUGAAUAAUAAACAUUGAAAUGGAAUUUCAAUUAAUAAUAUAUUGCAGGUAUUUUGAGUUAAAAAGCGUUUCUAAAUUUUUGUUUAUGAAUCUUUGUUUUUAAAUAUUCUUAGUUGAAUUUUUUCCAAAAUUGUUAGAAGCUUUAAAUUAAAAAUAAUUUGCAGCUUGCGAUGCCACCAAAGCUUAACUUGCUGCAAUAAAUAAAAUGUAAUUUUUUUCCUUUGCAAUUGACUUGAAUUAAUUACAAUAAAUUAUUGCAAUUUUGUGAAAAAUAUUUUUGUCUAUAAUUUGAAUUUUUUUCUAUUAGCCUGGCACUCUUUGGGCGUUUAGCUUAACGCCUAGGCAUCAAGCUAAAUGACUAUAAAGAAUUCAGGCGAUUAAAAGAGUAAUUGUCAUUUACUUGAUCAUUUUCCUAUUUGCCCGCGUUUAGCUUAAAGCCUAGGAAUUAAGCUAAACGACGGAUUUUUCUUUUCGCCUACGACAUAUAUUUUAGUAGGCAGGAUACUGCAUGCGUCUAAAGUUGCCAUAUUUAAAGUAUGCGUAAUAAUAAC